AACGCAGACGGACAAUUUCUUAGCGAUAUUUAUAUUCAAAGUGGCCCGCAGCGAGAGAGAAGUCUAGAUCAACGUCUCGGCAUCCAGCCACCCACUUACGCGAUAAUCAGGGCACGUCUGCGGGUGCGCUGGCCCCGAAGUGCAACGAACUCUCGUGAGGAAGUGCUAUUUCGCGCAUUCCAUACGUGCAUAUCAUUAUUGGGUUUCGUAAUCGUGCGUUUUACAACAGACGGAAGUCCGCGCGCGCGACUCAAAUCGCGUCCACACGAAACGCGAUGAUCGUUACAGUUCGCAAGCUCGCCGUUAAGCAAACGCAUGCCGUACCGAUUACAACACAGCGCGAACACGCGUUGUCCUUUCUUUUUUUUUUUUUUUUUUUUCAAUCAUUUAGCAAAUGUAGCAAUUCUCAUUAAUGAUAUUUCCAGAAUGCGUGCGAGGGUUUUUAAAAACAUUUGAUGACAUUCAUAUUUUUGCCCCGAAUGAUUUUACAUGGUCAGAAUACAGAUUGGUCAAAUUACGGGACACACGAAACUUGUAACAUCAGCAAUUCCACGGGUUAUUUACGCUUAGCGACGGAGAAAUCGAAUCAGUUUCGAGCGAAUAGUUACAAGAGCAAUAAGAAAUCAGGAUGUUGUCGUGUCAAGGAUUUUUCCUAGCAGUGACGUCGAUAAGCGUCGUACUCGCCGACAUUCUCGUUCAACCCAACUAUGAACAUCAAUAUAAAAAUCCACAAUAUUUGCAACAUCAUUCUCUUCUACAAUAUCCAACGCAACCCCAGACCGAACAAUAUCACAUCAAACAAUCACCUAACGAACAAACGAUACCAUAUCUUCCAAAAAUUCAGAGUGUUCAAACAGUGUAUCCCUAUUAUAAAUCGUACCAGGACAAAGCUUUAGUUGCGCUAAGACCUCCGUAUCAUCAUUUAUAUCAUCAUCAUUAUUGGUUACCAAAACCUAAUCAUUUCCAUUACGCGAAGAUAGGAGGUCAUGGAUACAUGCGACCCUCGGUGUUCGUCGGCUACCCUCAACCCUCGAUAGUACACUACCAACAUACAAGAUCGCGUAGAUCCACUCCUACAGACAUCGAAUCCAGUAAAUCUCCGAUCGUUGCAAAUGACAAUGAUGUGGCCACGAAGUCGCCCUUAAUCGACACCAAACAUCUUACGGACAUCGACUCGCUACUUCCAAAACACGAACCUACCGAUACUAAUGAUAAACAUGUGAAAAACCGUCAGACUGAUGAUCGGCCAUCCGGACUUUUACUUGGCCUCUAUCCGGAAAAUAUGUACCGCAGUCCUCCAACUGAAAGUACAAUAAAGGAUAAAAUGCAACAUCCGCCUCUCACAUCAUCUCCCGUCAGUUCGAGCACGCCAAAAUAUCCCAAUGAGAAAGCUCCAACACAACUAACACCGAUCCAACCAACGCUAGAGACAGUUUUCCAAGGAAAUGGACAAAAUUAUGAAGCAUCUCGUAUUAAUCACGACGAGUCACACUUCACUCACAAUGAACCUUAUACAAAAUUCGAACCAUUUUCGAAUCCAAUACCGAUCGUAUUUCAGGCAAAAUCGCUAAACGAGGAACCAGCAUCGCAGAUUGCCUACGACAAAUAUUAUAACAACUAUGAUGGUACAUAUGAAGAUGCUGUAGACGAAUCAACGAGGCAAUUUAAUAGAUAUGAAUAUUUGCCGAAAUAUGAUUCCGUAUAUUCCGAAGAAUUAAUGCCUCAAGUAAUCUUGCAGAAACAUGCACGGAAUUAUCAACAAGCUAUAUAUCCAGAGCUCGAAAAGAAAACUUUACAGAAAAUCACAAAUAUGGACGUGACCAACACAGCCGAGCCAAGACAAGAUAAGUUUGCAAUACACAUCCCUUUUAUUCCCAAUAAUUCCGAAAAGGAAUCACUAGGAACAAACAAUGCACCAGUAACAACUACAUUUGUACAACCUUUAGAUUCUUUCGUCCAUAAUCAAUAUAAAAAUAACGAGCAAUUAUCAGGAACUGAUGAAACCGAUAUACUUUUUGACAGUAAUAAGUUUGUUCCAAAGCAAUAUUAUUAUUAUUCAGUCAAUAACGACUUGGACUAUGAUUCGGAUGACUAUUCAGACGAAUACUUGGACGACGAAGACCUCGAUAACGAUCUCUAUGAGAGAACUUCAUAUUCAGCCCAUCUUAAGCCUGUAAUCGUAACCGACUAUGUACUUUACACAAAUAUUAGUCCUCGAACCAAUGCUCUGACGACACCGAAAAUACAAUUUUCAGACCUACCAGAAAAAAAAUCCGAAAUACCUUACCAAGUUCCACAUGCUAUUAUAAUCCUUACGGAUUUACCACUUCAUCACAUGUUUUUUAUUAAUAAGUUGCUGUUCUAGAUAUGACGCUUAUCGAUUCCUACGCGUCACCUUAAGGCAAUGAGUCGAUUGACCGUAAUAUAGUUUUCAUGUUCCAUUUAUUAUAAUUACUCUCAUUCCCUUCCACGCAUAAGUUUUUAUAGACGCAUAUCCCUCGUUGAACACUGUUCAUUCAUCAGCAGUUGAACUUUCAUAUACAAUUUCUUAAAUAAGGAAUAAAAUUUUUCACUUUCGUGUUAUAAGUCUAUGUAAUGUAUUACUAAGUAAUAUAAUGCUAAGUUCUUAAAUAAAACCAUUUUAAUAAG